AUGGGUCUAAAGUCAACAAAAUCGUCAUUAAUAAACGCUAAAUAUUCAUUAACACUUUUGUCAGCAGAUCGUUUUUAUCGUGGUCUUUCAAUAAUUCAAGGUGAAUUUCAAAUAAAUAUUCGUAGAAAACUACGUGUUGAAAAAACAAUUCGCAUUGAUUUAAUCGGCCAAUUGAUUGAAAACAACAAAUCUUCAUCUCAAUCAACAAGUAAAUCAUCACAAUCGAAAGAUCACACAGUUUUUUUUACUUAUUCGUUUCCAAUUGUUACAUCACAUGAAAAUGGUAUUGCAAGAAUAAUAAAAAAUCGUCACACGAAUAUUCCAUUUCGUAUUCCGCUUAGUAUCAAUUUACCACCAUCAUGUGAAUUUAAAGAAUUCUCUGUUGUUUAUUAUCUUUACGUUUAUCACGAUGAAAGAUUAUUGACAAAUAUUCGAAAAAAAAUCAUAUUAGCUCCACCGACACCUCUUAUUACUGAGCCUUUAUCUCGUAAAGUAACAGGUUCUGACGAUAUGAAUAUGGUUUGCAGUUUACAAAGAUCGUUUUAUUCUGGACGAGAUAGCUCCACUGUUCUACUAUCGAUUUCUAUAAAAAAUCCAAAACAAAAACAAAUUCAAUCAGUAGUAGCACAAUUAAUGCAAGUUGUUUCAUUAAAUGAAAUAAAAUUUGAAAAUGAAAUUUUUACAAAUCAACUGAAAGAAAUAAAUGAAAAUACACAAGAAAGUCUCAUAAAUACAACAUGUGAAUUAAAUUUACCAUCCAAUUUACCACCAACAUAUAUUCCAAAUGGAAAUGGUCAACCCGAUAAUGUUCCAUGCAUUUCUAUUACAUAUGCACUACGUUUAACAACUCAAAUACAAAGUACAACUAAGUCUAAUCUUCAUUUAACUGUGCCUAUUGGUAUUGAAUAA